GUUGAUGGAAAAAGGCAAAUGCUGGUUGUGUAGACGAAUGGCCUUAUCUAGUUGACUUAGUUUGCCCUGGGAAUGCGUGGCUUCCCUUAAACGCAUUCAAUGCUACGGUUGGCUUUGCACCUUGCUUUUUUCGCCUAUAUCAUAUAUAUUGAUGCAAAAUCAAAGAGCCACCUACAAAUACAAUACAACCUUGGUAGCAGCUACAUGGAAAACACAACAGUUAUGGAGAAAGGAAAUGGAGUUGAAGCUACAAGAUCUGAUGAUGAGGAAUUAGAAGGCAACGCCACCACUCUACGGAUUGUGGAGACUUUCCUGCGCUUGCUUCCCAUUGGUCUCUGUGUAACAUCCCUUCUCAUUAUGCUUAAGAACUCUCAGGAUAACGACUAUGGCUCUAUUGCCUACACAGAUCUCGGUGCUUUCAGGUAUUUGGUGCAUGCCAAUGGAAUUUGUGCAGGGUAUUCAUUACUUUCAGCAGCCAUUGUUGCCUUGCCCCGCGCUUCCACCAUGCCUAGAGCUUGGACUUUCUUUUUGCUUGACCAGGUGCUAACCUACAUAAUCCUGGCUGCUGGAGCUGUGUCAACGGAGGUGCUGUACCUGGCCGACAGGGGAAACACCGCAACAAUGUGGAGCUCAGCUUGUGGGUCUUUUGGUCCAUUUUGUCACAAGGUCACUGCAUCAAUAGCUAUCACUUUUGUCGCAGUGGUUUGCUAUAUCGUGCUUUCCCUCAUUUCCUCCUACAAUCUAUUCAGCAAGUUUGAUGCACCAGCCAGCAACCCCACUAAGAACAUUAAUAUUGCUGCUUUCCAUGGCUGAUCCUAAACUUCAUGCUUUGUGAUAGGGUACGUUUUAUGCUAGAGGAUAACAACAUUCCCAUGCUUGGCUUUUAUUUUCUUCUAUUGAAUCUCAAAAAUAAGACACUCAUGUUUGCUCUGCGAAGCACAAUCUUGAAGUGCUUAUAAACUAAAUAACUUCAGCCGUAUGUUUUUGAAGUGUCCAAAGUGCAACGCUCUAUACUAAAUUUUUCAUAAAAGAGAAAUAAACAAGAUUAGGCCUUCGCGUUCAUAAUU